UCUAUUUUUAUUCAUUUACACCCUCCAAAGCAAGAGAGAGACAAUAGCUGCUUUUCUAUAAAUUAAAAGUAAAAAAAAUAGAAAAGAAAAAAAGGACUUACUUUCAGUGUAAAGAUUCUCUUCUACAAAAUUUCUCUAACCCUUGCUCAAGCUUCUUUGCAGAAUCUCACUUCACCAGGUUCACAAAAAAAUCUUGGGACCAUGAUUAAGUUAUUCAAAGUAAAGGAGAAACAGAGAGAGCUUGCUGAAAAUGCAAAUGGAAAGCCACCAGUUAAGAAACAAAGUGCUGGAGAGUUGCGUCUUCAUAAAGACAUCAGUGAACUAAAUCUUCCCAAAACAUGUAGCAUAUCAUUCCCUAAUGGAAAAGAUGACCUCAUGAACUUUGAAGUCACCAUUCACCCUGAUGAAGGAUAUUAUACGGGUGGAACUUUUGUCUUCUCUUUCGAUAUUUCUCCUAUGUAUCCUCAUGAGGCUCCAAAGGUCAAGUGCAAGACGAAGGUUUACCACCCGAAUAUUGACUUGGAAGGAAAUGUGUGUCUCAACAUUCUUCGAGAAGACUGGAAACCUGUGCUCAACAUCAACACAAUAAUCUAUGGCUUAUCUCAUCUGUUCACGGAACCCAAUCACGAGGAUCCCCUCAAUCAUGACGCGGCUGCUGUGUUGAGAGACAACCCAAAGAUAUUCGAAUCAAAUGUCAGGAGGGCAAUGUCUGGAGGAUAUGUAGGGCAAACAUACUUCCAACGUUGCAUGUAGCAUCUCGGAUCGAUGCUGAAUCGAUUAGCUGAUGAAGAUGAUGGAAGUUGAAAACUCUCAAAAGUCUGUAAAAUUGGAUGCAGAUCCAUUUUUCACAAAUGGUCAUUGUGAAAAAAAAUUGGGUGCAAAAUGUGAUUAGGUAUAUGUAAAACUUAGACGUGCAGAAAGUUUUUUGUAUGAUAAAAGUGUGUAAACUUUGCAACUCAUGCAAGAAAAGAUUAAAAAGGUGUAAAGACCUUUGCUUUGGAUAAAGUUAUGUACAAUUUGAAUUUAUGCCCUCGCUA